AUGUCUCUCUCUCUCCUCUAUCUCUCCUCACCCCCUUAUGAUGUAUUUUUCUUUUUCUUUGUUUUUCCUUUUUCUCUUCUCUUUCUUUUGUGUCCUUUUUUCUUUAUACAUUUUUUUUAUUCUUUUAAUUUUCAUUUUUCAUUUUUCAUUUUUUCUCAAUUUUUCUUUGUAGUUUUACCUUUCUACCUGUUAAUUUUUCUUUUUUUUCUGUUUUUCCUUUUCUUUGUCCUUUUUCAUUUUUUGUUUUUCCUUUUCUUUGUCCUUUUUUCUUUUUCUCUUUUUCCUUUUCUUUGUCCUUUUCUCUUUUUCCUUUUCUUUGUCCUUUUUCUUUUUCUCUUUUUCCUUUGUCCUUUUUCCUUUUCUUUGUCCUUUUUCUUUUUCUCUUUUUCCUUUUCUUUGUCCUUUUUUCUUUUUCUCUUUUUCCUUUUCUUUGUCCUUUUUUCUUUUUCUCUUUUUCCAUUUCUUUGUCCUUUUUCUUUUUCUCUUUUUCCUUUUCUUUGUCCUUUUUCCUUUUCUUUGUCCUUUUUUCUUUUUCCUUUUCUUUUUCUCUUUUUCCUUUUCUUUGUCCUUUUUCCUUUUCUUUGUCCUUUUUUCUUUUUCCUUUUCUUUUUCUCUUUUUCCUUUUCUUUGUCCUUUUUUCUUUUUCUCUUUUUCCUUUUCUUUGUCCUUUUUCCUUUUCUUUGUCCUUUUUUCUUUCUCCUUUUCUUUUUCUCUUUUUCCUUUUCUUUGUCCUUUUUUCUCUUUUUCCUUUUCUUUGUCCUUUUUCCUUUUCUUUUUCUCUUUUUCCUUUUCUCUUUUUCCUUUUCUUUGUCCUUUUUUCUUUUUCUUUUUUUCCUUUUUCUCUUUUUUUUUUUCUUUGUCCUUUGUCCUUUUUUCUUUUUCUCUUUUUCCUUUUCUUUGUCCUUUUUUCUUGUCCAUUGUUUUUUUUUGUCCUUUUCUGUGUCUUUUUUGUUUUCAUUUUUUUUCUUUCCUGACAUUAUUACCUGCCAUUUUCCCACACAAACACGUUCUUAA